UUCAGCUCCACCCCCAUAAUUGCAUCAAAACCUUACAAAGCCGAGAUCGUGAGUUCAGUGUUGGUGUCAAAGUGCGUAGGGUUCCAGGAUCCCAAGCAGCUGAGAGAUAAUUUAACAGAGGAGAUACCAAGGCGCAGACUUUCCUUAUUCUCCAUUCCCCUCACAAAGCCCCGCAUAUUUUAUCCUCCUCUGCACUCUCCGCUCGAAGUCUUCUUCCUCUUCUAUUUCUCGAAUACCACUGUUUUUACCAACUAGGGUUUUGGUUUCUGUGCUCGCCGGGAAUGGGGUCUUCUUUGCCUCCGAAGGAGGCCAACCUGUUCAAAGUCAUUGUCAAAUCCUAUGAAACCAAGCAGUAUAAAAAGGGAUUGAAGGCUGCAGAUGCCAUAUUAAAGAAGUUUCCAGAGCAUGGAGAAACCUUGUCAAUGAAAGGGUUGACACUGAACUGCUUGGAUCGGAAAUCUGAAGCAUACGAACUUGUUCGACGCGGCCUUAAGAAUGACCUUAAAAGCCAUGUUUGUUGGCAUGUUUAUGGUUUGUUAUAUCGGUCAGAUAGGGAAUACCGGGAGGCAAUUAAAUGCUACAGAAAUGCCCUGAGGAUAGACCCAGACAACAUUGAAAUUUUAAGGGAUCUUUCUCUUUUACAGGCACAAAUGCGUGAUCUGACAGGAUUUGUUGAAACAAGACAGCAGCUUUUGGCUCUAAAACCCAAUCAUCGUACAAACUGGAUUGGUUUUGCUGUUGCACAUCAUCUUAACUCCAAUUGUUCAAAGGCAAUUGAUAUUUUGGACGCCUAUGAAGGGACACUAGAAGACGAUUAUCCUCCUGAAAAUGAGCGCUGUGAACACGGAGAAAUGCUUUUGUAUAAGGUAUCUUUGCUAGAAGAAUGUGGAUUGCUUGACAGAGCACUUGAUGAGUUGUACAAGAAGGAAGCAAAAAUUGUAGACAAAUUGGCAUUCAAGGAACAAUUGGUGUCCAUACUAGUUAAGCUUGGGCGUGUGGAGGAUGGAGAGAAAUUAUAUAGGUCUCUUCUUCUUAUGAAUCCAGAUAAUUACAGAUAUUUUGUCGGCUUACAAAAAUGCUUAAAGUUGUAUUCUGAAAGUGGUCAAUAUACGACCGAGGAAAUUGAACAGUUAGAUGUCUUAUAUAAAUCACUUGCGGAGCAAUAUAGCUGGUCAUAUGCUGCAAAGAGAAUUCCACUUGAUUUUUUAGAAGGUGAAAAGUUCUGCCAUGCAGCUGACAACUAUGUUAGGCCUCUUCUUACUAAGGGGGUUCCUUCAUUGUUCUCUGAUCUUAGUCCCCUGUAUGAUCAUUGUGGAAAGGCAGAUAUCCUAGAGCAUUUGUUUGUUGAACUGGAAACUUCAGUAAAGACAUCUGGAUGUUUUCCUGGAAGGGAUAAAAAAGAACCUCCUUCAACACUUCUAUGGAUUUUAUUUUUGCUAUCUCAGCAUUAUGAAAGAAGGGGGCAGCAUGACCUUGCUCUGGUUAAAAUCGAUGAGGCCAUGAAACAUACCCCCACUGUGAUUGACCUUUACUCUAUUAAGGGAAGAAUACUAAAGGAUUGUGGUGAUCUGGUAGCUGCUGCUGCCUUGGCUGAUGAAGCUAGGUCCAUGGAUCUUGCUGAUCGUUAUUUAAAUAGUGAAUGUGUUUUGAGAAUGCUAGAGGCGGAUCAGGUUGGAUUAGCAGAUAAAACCGCUGUUUUGUUUACCAAGGAUGGAGAUCAACACAACAAUCUGCAUGAUAUGCAGUGCAUGUGGUAUGAGCUCGCAUCUGGCGAAAGUUACUUCCGCCAAGGGGAUCUUGGGCGGGCCUUGAAAAAGUUUUUAGCCGUAGAGAAACAUUAUGCGGACAUGACUGAGGAUCAGUUUGACUUCCACUCUUACUGCUUAAGGAAAAUGACGUUGAGAGCUUAUGUUUCAAUGUUGAAGUUUCAAGAUCAGCUGCAUUCACACUCGUACUUCCAUAGCGCAGCCACUGGUGCUAUAAGGUCUUAUAUAAAACUGUAUGAUUCUCCAUUGAAACCGACUGGUGAAGAAGAUGGUGAUGUAUCUGGUAUGCUUCCUGCUCAAAAAAGAAAACAUAAACAAAAACUAAAGAAAGCAGAAGCUCGUGCUAAAAAAGAGGCUGAAGAAAAAAAUGAUGAAGCAAAUUCUGGUAGUAUGUCCAAGUCUGGAAAAAAGCAGCAUGCCAAGCCUGUUGAUUUAGAUCCUCAUGGGGAGAAAUUGUUGCAGGUUGAAGAUCCACUUUUAGAAGCUACAAAAUAUCUGAAGCUCCUGCAGAACAACUCAUCGCAAUCUUUAGAAACACACAUACUUUCUUUUGAACUGAAUAUGCGCAAACGAAAAAUUUUGCUUGCCUUCCAGUGUGUACAGGCGGUCAAACAGUUGAUUAAAUUGGAUGAAAACAGCCCCGACUCGCACAAGUGCUUGAUAAAGUUCUUUCAUAGAAUCAGCAGCUCAUCAGCCCCUGUGACGGAUUCGGAGAAACUUAUUUGGAAUGUGUUGGAGGCAGAAAGGACUAAUAUAAGUCAAUUACUUGGAAAAUCUUUAGUAGAAGUAAAUAAAAGCUUUCUAGAGAAGCAUAAAGAUUCUUUGAUGCAUCGGGUUGCUGCGGCGGAGAUGCUGUAUGUUCUAGAGCCUGAUAAAAAGCUCGAGGCAAUUCAGUUAAUUCAAGAUUCAACAAAUAACAUAGCACCCCUCAGAAAUGGGGCUUUGGGGCCUGUUGGGGUGUGGAAACUUGAGGAUUGCAUCUCAGUACACAAAUUACUAGAAUUAGUUUUCCAUAAUCCAGAUGUUGCACUUAGUUGGAAGGUUCGUUGUGCCGGAUAUUUUCCUUAUUCAACUUAUUUUGGCGGUUUGAAGAGCUCCGCUGUCGUCGGUUUAGCGAACGGCAAUGAAUAUGGUGCACCCAUAAAAGAAGACUUGAACCAUCAUGUUGUAGGUGGAAGCGCGCAAAAUGGAAAUUUGCACUCCUUCAAGGAUCUCACCAUCUAAUCUUUUGUUAUCUGUUUAAUCUAAUUAUUACAUGGAGACUAAGAUCAAUAGAUUCAAAUCAGAGUUUCUUCUCCCAAUCGAUGGCGCCGCACUCGGAGUAGGAAAAUGUCAGUGCGGAAGAGCAGCUGCGUCGCGCAAUUUCGCUCCUGAAUUUUGGUUUUGAUUUGCUGCUGCGGCGUCGUUCUUAAUGAAGAGUUUGGGAUUUCCUCAUCACAACCUUCAGAAUUUCACAAAAAUGUGUAUAACUUAUUUUUCUUCAUAAGUGUGAGACAAGUCUAAUCCACAUUUCACUUGGCGAUUAGCACCUCCCAGUCCUAUUAAAUUAUAUUUCCCUUAUAUUAAAACAUAGCAAACUAGGCAUUAAUACUUGGUUGGUUGUAUAAUUUUGAAGGUAUUGGGAUUUAAUUUCUCGCCAAGUUAUUUGUUGGAGAGGUUAACUUUAUAAAUUAUAAAUUUGCAGUCAUUCCAGUCUGCAUUUUGUGUU